UCCAACGGCGACUAACCGGAGCAAUAUUUAUUUAAUUAAGAAAGAGUUAAGGGGCCCCACUUUCGUGCUGUGAAGUUUCCCUGUCUGCAAUUACUCCUCACAGCAACCAUUUUUAGAUCUUCAAAUUUUCCUCUUCUGAAAUAGCUCCGAAUCAUUCCAGCAGGAUCCGACCCGGUUACAGUCCAGCUCAUCAACUGACCCCUAGCUUCGCUUGAUCCGAAUUCAUGGUCUAGGCAGUUGAAGAGUGAGUGAGGAAAAUUAAAAUGCAGCGUAUACCGGCUACAAUUGAGGAACAGUUAAUACUAAAAGCAAUCAAAGAAGAAUGUCCCUGGGAGAAUCUUCCGAAGCGGCUUCAGGCCACGGUAAAUUCCAAAGAAGAUUGGCACAGAAGGAUAAUUGAACAUUGCAUAAAGAAGAGACUCCUGUGGAACACUUGCUUUGCUCGUAAAGUGUGUAAAGAAGGUGAAUACUAUGAAGAAAUGUUGCGCUAUCUCCGACGGAACUUGGCGCUCUUUCCAUAUCACCUUGCGGAGUAUGUUUGCCGUGUCAUGAGGGUGUCUCCUUUCAGAUACUACUGCGACAUGAUUUUUGAAGUCAUGAAAAAUGAGCAACCCUAUGACAGCAUCCCAAAUUUUAGUGCUGCAGAUGCCUUACGGCUUACUGGAAUUGGAAGAAAUGAAUUUAUUGACAUCAUGAACAAGUGCAGAUCUAAGAAAAUUAUGUGGAAGCUAAACAAAUCAAUAGCGAAAGAACUAUUGCCUACACAGCCGGUGGACUUUGUUAUUGAGCCAUGGUGGGGAGUUUGUCUUGUCAAUUUUACCCUAGAGGAAUUCAAGAAAUUGACUGAAGAAGAAACGGCAACAAUAGAUAAAAUCUGCAAGGAAGAAGCAAACUCUUUCAUUCUUUUUGAUCCUGAAAUUAUAAAGGGGCUUCAUCGACGAGGAUUAGUCUAUUUUGAUGUGCCGGUCUACCCUGAUGAUCGUUUUAAAGUUUCAAGGCUUGAAGGAUUUGUUUCUAACCGGGAGCAGUCCUAUGAAGAUCCAAUUGAGGAGGUGCUGUAUGCUGUUUUUGUGGUCUCAAGUGAGAAUUCAACUGUUGCUGAAUUGGCUGCAACACUACAGGCUGAUCUUUCUCAACUUCAAGCAGCUGCAUCUUUUGCUUGCCGAUUGGGAUGGGCUGUCAAACUAAUAGACCCAGCAUCUAUUCUGCAAGAUCCUAAUGUUCCAGGGUCACCUAAGAGCCUUCUUAGUGACGAGGAAGAUGGUUCUCAUGCCAGCUUGGGCUCUGCAAAUGUGUCCUCUGAUGGCAGUGCUUUUCAACAAGUAGACAUUCCAUGGACAGAGAAUAAUAUCAGGGCUUCUGGUUAUGCUCGGGUUGCUUUUCUUGUUGAUGCUAAUAUAACAUCUUAUCUUAUGAUGGGAUCUGUAUCACCAGGUCUAAAAUCACAUGCGGUGACAUUGUAUGAAGCGGGAAAACUAGGUCAUGCUAGUAUUGCAGAUCUUUGUAAAGAUUUGGGCACACUCGAGGGGACAAAAUUUGAAGGUGAACUGCAAGAGUUUGCCAAUCAUGCAUUUAGUCUUCGGUGCGUCCUGGAAUGCCUAGCAUCAGGUGGGGUUCCAGCUGGAGAAAUAGAAAAGACUGGCAUUACGUCUUCAAGAAGUGAGGAUGCUACUUCAAUGACAAAGGAUAUUUCACUUUCUGAAAAAUCAGGAGAUACACCAACAGACAAAUCUGAGCUAGAUAAUGAAGAUAUGCCACAUUCUGAAACACCCCAAGUGCCUAAUGAUGAAGAACCUCUAUCAGGAACAAAAUCUAAAGAAACAAAUCAAUCAGACUGGGAGAUCAAACCAGAGGUCAGUUCUGAGAAUCAUGAGAAAUCAGUAUCCGCUGAUAUCUUAGAUGCUGAUAAAGAGUUGAAGAAACAAAGAAAAUACCGCGUGGAUAUACUCCGCUGUGAAAGCUUGGCUGCUCUCUCACCGGCUACUUUAGAUCGUCUAUUUCUGCGUGACUAUGACAUCGUUGUAUCCAUGGUUCCCCUUCCUCCUUCUUCAGUUUUGCCAGGACCAAAAGGCCCUGUUCAUUUUGGACCUCCCUCCCAUUCAUCUAUGACACCCUGGAUGAAAUUGGUGCUAUAUUCUGCUACUGCUAGUGGACCUCUGUCAGUUGUUCUGAUGAAAGGUCACUUAUUAAGAAUGCUUCCUGCACCAUUAGCUGGCUGUGAGAAAGCACUUCUAUGGUCAUGGGAUGGAUCUUCCAUUGGAGGUUUAGGGGGGAAGUCUGAAGGGAACUUGGUAAAAGGAAGUAUACUUUUACAUUGUAUAAACUCACUACUCAAGCAGUCUGCAGUCCUUGUGCUUCCCCUCAGCAGAUAUGAUCUCGAUGAGGCUAGAAGAGUUGUUACUUUGGAUAUUCCCUUGCCCUUGAAGAACUCUGAUGGUUCAAUAGCUCAAGUAGGGGAGGAACUAGGACUGUCCUCCAAAGAAACUUUCAAUCUGAAUUCGCUAUUAGAUUCUCUGUCUAACAAACUUAAUUUUUGGACCAUUGGUUAUAUUCGCCUGUUAAGACUUUACAAAGAUAGAGUCCAAGAUAAUAUCACACCUGAUGACGAGAAGUAUGAAUGGGUUCCACUAAGUGUAGAAUUUGGUAUUCCACUGUUUAGUCCAAAAUUGUGUAAUAAUAUAUGCAAGAGAUUAGUUUCUUCACAACUACUCCAAACAGAUUUAUUUGGAGAGCACCAUGAUGCAAUGCAAGAGUUAAGAAAGAGAUUGCGAGAUGUUUGUGCUGAGUAUCAGGCCACAGGUCCAACAGCAAAACUCCUUUACCAGAAAGAGCAGCCAAAGGAAUCAUCCCGGCAUCUUAUGACCUAUGCAAGUGGAAGGUGGAACCCCAUUGUUGAUCCUUCUUCUCCCAUUUCUGGUGUCUCUAGCGAACACCACAGACUAAAACUUGCUCAUCGGCAGAGAUCUAGAACAGAAGUUCUGAGUUUUGAUGGCAAUAUUCUGAGAAGUAGGAGCAGAAGAAAUGGUUGUUGCUAGUCAGAGCCCUCUUGCACCUUGAACAAACCCCCCAGGGAAUUGCGAAGGACUUAUUUAAUGUUGUUCUAGAUUACUGGUCCCUUUCCAUGUUUCAGUAAUCUGGAUUCAUUAGUUUACGGGUGGAAAGUUUAUAAUUAGCAUAAAAUCUGGAAUAUCACUCUCUUGUGAAACUGAUAACCACACUGAUUUGCCCAUCUGAGACAUACGAUGUCAACUUUCUGGUCGUCUCUUUUUGUUGUUCAAAUACUUUCCAAGGAUUUCAUCUCAUCAGGACAGAGACCUUUUGGGAAAAGGAUGCCCCGCAAGAGUUUAUGUACCUGGAGAAACAGUCAUUGAUGAUCAUUAUCGAGUAAUAUGACCACCAUUAGUGGGAUCUGGAGAUGUAAAGUUGCUUGGUAUAGAACAUGUUGUCUUGGGAAGCUUGCAGAGCCAGGGUGUUGUGGAAAGCAUGAUAUAUAUAUAUAUAUAAGAUGCUAACAUUUUGUGUUCAACAUGCUUAGAGAGGGACAAGAAACUUGGCACAUAACUCAUAUCGAAGUAACAUAUGGUAGAAGGCUUCUGAUGUUGGACUUGAAGCAUGGAACAUUGACCUACCAGCUUUUGAGUAAAUUACUGACAUCCACUGUUACAAAAAUUUUACCGGCGGUUGUCACUCAAAAUAAACUAAAUAUGAAACCGUUACUGUAUAUGCAUUUUCUGUGAGACAUGAUAUGUACAUAGUGCCCUAAUCUUGGAUGUCAUGGCAUAUCCGAGUCUUUUUUCUUUUUUAUUGUAGGUCUCGAGAGGUCAUCGACACUUUUCUUUGACUAUGUGAGAUAAUGGUAUACGAUAUAGUUUUUUUGCAGUUUGAUGGCGACAGAGGAAUUUAAACUUUCUAACCUGCUUUUUCGGCAUUUAACUUUCAAGGAUGCUGAGCAGUUGGUGAAGAUAAUUACUCCCUCUGUCUCAAAAAGAUUGUCCUAGUUUCACUUGGCACAAACUUUAAUAAAGAAGGGAAGACUUUUGAGAUAUGUGGUCUUAAAUAAGCUUAGCAUUUGUGCGGCCGUAAAACUUUUAAAACUUAUGGUCUUAAAUUUGUCGUAACAUUUGUGUGGCUCUAAAUGCUUCCUAUUAAGGAAAUAUUGAAAGGUGUCAAUCUUCUUGAAACGGACUAACAAGGAAAUAGUGCCAAUCUUUUUGGAAAGGAGGGAGUAGAUACCUGUUGCAUGUAAAAAUAAUUUGUUUUAACCUUGAGACUUGGCUUGUGUUGCUUAACAUUUAUAUGACUCCUAAGUUCUUUAGAAUAUUGAGUAAGUCCAACAUCCCUCACUUUGAAUCCUUUCCCAUGUUGUUGCUUCAUGGCAAUCUGCACUCUGCAACAUAGGCCUCUAUAGGAUCUGGAUAACUCAUAGUUUAGUAGUAAAACCAAUCCAUAGGAUAAUGUGCUGUAGCGAGACCAUUUUAGAAAGCUUAUAUAACCUUGUCUCUGAAGCAGAAAUGCAUUGCUGAAAUUCUGAAUGCUCAUAUAGUUUCUUCUUUCUAAGUUCUGUUAUCAUGCUUUU